GGCGUCAUUCUGGAAUAAAUACAUUUACGAAGGCAGUGUGUAUUUUUAUUAUGAUGUGAAAAAGUGGUAUUUUUAUUAAAAUUUCAAAAAAAUGCCAUGCUGUAAUUCUGCAUUUUUUUUGAAAAAAUCUGCAUCAAAAAUGUGGUUUUCAAACGUAUGACUGGUCAUUAUCUUAAGGUUAAAGAGAGUCGCGAAACGUAUGCUUGUAGUACCACGUAGUUCGUAUUUUGUUGUUUUGCAGUGAUUUUAAUUACUAAAUUUUAAACUAUUUCCAAUAAAAAAAAUAGUGUUUAGUUAUUUGUUGCAGUAUUUCAUUGCUUUUAUCAAGAAUUUCGCGAAUUAUGAUACUUAUGAACAUGAAGAUUAUGAACCCGAUAUAACCUCAAUUUUUAUAAAAAGUUCUUAUGAUUUUGUAAGUUUUGGAGGUCUUUCAACAAGUUUAAGACGUUUUCUGUGAAUAUAAAGUUUUAAAAAUGAAUCACGAAAAAAAAGUAGUGAGAAGAAGCAGAUCGAGAGAAAGAGAACGUGAUCGGGAAAGAGAAAGGGAAAGAACGAGAGACAGAGAACGAAGGGAACGAAAACGAUCGAGAAGUCGCUCAAAAGAUAGAAAAAAGGACCGCAAACGUUCUAGAUCGCGAGAAAGGUCUCGCGAGCGAAAAGAUGGGAAGGAAAAAUCGAAGGACGAGAAACGGAGAAAAUCAAGUCCCAUUUUUUCGGCGGAUGAUGAGGGCAAGCGGGAUUCGAGAAAUGAGGAGGAGGAUGAAAAGGAGGAAAGGAUGAAAGCUCCAGCGAAAAAAGAACCUCUGAGUUUGGAGGAGUUGCUGGCGAAGAAGAAAGCAGAGGAGGAGGCGAGAUCGAAGCCAAAAUUUUUGACGAAAGCCGAGAGAGCUGCUUUGGCGCUGCAGAAAAGGCAGGAGGAAGUUGAAGCGAUGAGGAAAAGACAGGAGGAGGAGAGGAAGAUUUUGAGCCGCGGGGAAGCGUCCACUUCCGGCAGAGACAGGGAGAGUGAUAGGAGAAGAGAUAAUCCCAGAUCAAGGGAAGAGGAAACCAAGGAUAAGGAUAAAGAGAAUGAAGUGGAAGCGAUAAAGGAAAGAUAUCUUGGUCUGGUGAAAAAGAAGCGUAGAGUCAGACGACUCAAUGAUCGAAAAUUCGUUUUUGAUUGGGACACUUCUGAGGACACUUCCGUUGAUUACAAUGCCAUUUAUAAAGAACGGCAUCAGGUUCAAUUUUACGGGCGGGGAAAUCUCGCGGGAAUUGAUAUCAAGGCACAGAAAAAAGACCAGAGCAAAUUCUAUGGAGAACUUCUCGAAAAAAGACGAACUGCGGUCGAAAAGGAGCAGGAAAAGAUGCGUUUGAAGAAAGUGAAACGGAAGGAGGAGAAGCAAAAGUGGGACGAUCGGCAUUGGUCGAAAAAAGCCCAGAACGAAAUGACGGAACGAGACUGGAGAAUUUUUCGCGAGGAUUAUAGUAUAUCGAUCAAAGGUGGGCGAAUUCCGCCGCCAAUCCGAUCAUGGGAUGAAUCUGGAUUUCCAAAAGAGAUUCUGGAUAUUAUCACGAAAGUUGGUUACAAGGAUUUGACGCCAAUUCAGAGACAGGCGAUUCCCAUUGGUCUGCAAAAUCGGGACAUUAUUGGUGUGGCUGAGACUGGUUCUGGAAAAACCCUCGCAUUUUUAAUUCCUCUUUUGCUCUGGAUUACGAGUCUUCCGAAAAUUGAGAGAAUCGAGGAGGCGGAUCAAGGACCUUAUUCGAUUAUUCUCGCUCCCACUCGUGAAUUGGCGCAGCAAAUCGAAGAGGAAACGAAUAAAUUCGGUGAACCACUCGGAAUUAGGACGGUGGUUCUCGUCGGUGGUCUUUCAAGGGAAGAACAAGGUUUGAGACUAAGGAUGGGUUGCGAGAUUGUGAUCGCCACUCCUGGUCGUUUGAUCGAUGUUUUGCAAAAUAGAUACUUGGUUUUGAAUCAAUGUACGUACAUUGUUCUUGACGAGGCCGACAGAAUGAUUGACAUGGGUUUCGAACCGGAUGUCCAAACAAUUCUGGAAUAUAUGCCUGCCACAAAUCUCAAGCCGGACAACGAGGACGCCGAAAAUGAGGAGAAACUUCUUGCGAAUUAUAACACAAAAAAAAAGUACAGACAGACUGUGAUGUUUACGGCGACGAUGCCUGUGGCUGUGGAACGACUAGCAAGAACUUAUCUUCGACGGCCGGCUUUUGUUUCCAUCGGCAGUGUCGGAAAACCGACAGAAAGAACGGAACAAAUCGUCCACAUUAUGGGAGAGUUCGACAAACGCAAGAAGCUUAUGGAAAUUCUCGGGAGAGGAGUCGAGCCGCCUGUUAUUAUUUUUGUCAACCAGAAGAAGGGAGUCGAUGUUCUUGCGAAAGGACUCGAGAAACAUGGGUUCAACGUUUGCACUUUGCACGGUGGCAAAGGCCAGGAACAGAGAGAAUACGCUCUGGCGUCUCUUAAAGGCGGAAGUAAGGACAUUCUCGUGGCCACGGACGUCGCCGGAAGAGGAAUUGACAUUAAAGAUGUAUCUAUGGUCAUUAAUUACGACAUGGCCAAAUCGAUUGAGGAUUACACUCAUCGUAUUGGACGAACCGGUCGUGCAGGAAAAGCGGGUCUCGCCAUUUCCUUCUGCACUAAAGACGACAGUCACCUCUUCUAUGAUCUUAAACAAACGAUCCUCGGUAGUCCAAUUUCCACCUGCCCGCCCGAACUUCUCAAUCAUCCGGACGCACAACACAAGCCUGGAACCGUUGUCACCAAAAAGAGACGGGAGGAGAAAAUUUUCGCCUAAGCCAGUUGAAAUUCUAAAUGUCGUAUGGAUGUUCAUUAUUACACACUUAAAUGCGGGGAGCCUGCCACAGAAGAGUAAUUGUAAAAGACUAUUUUUGUAAGGCCUCCAGUCCAUAAAAUUAAAAUAGAAAGGCCGGAUCUUGGUUUCAUCGGAAGGAGGCAUCGACCAAUGAGAUAUAUUCAGCGGAGACAGCGCCAAAGUGUUCGGAGCGUGCAAUUCCGUGAGUUGAUUUACAGCAAACUAUAAACCAUGUUAAUUGAAUUAAAUUUAUAAUUAAUUAUAUAUAAAUUACAUUGUUAUAACGUACAAAGUGAGAAUAUCUUUUGGCGUCUUUUUUCUAUAAAAAGAAAAUACUGUAUUUUCAAGAAUAUUUUGUAUAGUCCAAAAAUUGAAAAUAUGUGCCAACAUUUUCUUUUAGUUUUAGGUUACUUCCAAUCAGUGUAGUGUGAAAUUUGCUUAAUAGUCAUAGGACUUUUCUAUCCAAGAAAUGUUUUUUUAAAACACAUGAAAUAGAAAUUAUGCGCCUGUCGUAAAUAUGUAUAAAAGCGAAUGUUUUAUUUUUAUUUUCUUAUCAUAUGAAUUUUGUCUUGAAAUUGAAUAUGAUACAAUUAAAAUGAAUAAAAAGACAAAAAAGACACUCAAAUUUGUGUAAAUACUACGAUGAUAGAAACAACGAAUAAGCUUGGUAUGAGUUCUCAUAGUUUCCAAAAUUUUGUUAGAAUAUUAAUUUUUGGAAAUUCAAUUACUGCAAGAAAUUUGCUUGAAUUCAGACCAAAAAUAUUUGUAGAAUACUUCUUUUUGUCCUGUCACGGUUAAUUUGCGCUCGCGCCGAUAAAAUAUAUCUGCCCUUAAUCGAUCCGUCAGCUCAAUUGUUGUAGCUUAAUAUUGUCAUGCCUAUCACUCGCAAAUUGAGGAUAUGAUUGCAGCAAGAAUAUAUGUUUAUGCAUUCAUUUUUACUAUGAUAUUUUAUUCCAUAUUUUAUGUAUUCUUUUUAAUAUUUUAUUC